CACACGUUAGUUACUCCCCAUGGGAUAACAAGAUUCCCCGCCUGAAAUUCUCAAAAUCAUGGACUAUUUCUUAAUUAUCUGCUUUCAACAUCUACACACCUCCAAACGAGACUUCCUCUGCAACACCUAACCUCUCUAUCUUGUGAAUGGCUGGCUCAACCUCCAAUUCUACACUCAAGAAACUCGCUCUAUUCCUCAACAUAUCCUUUCUCUUUCUCUUCUUAUGUCUCUGUCUUACAACUACUAAUUAUCUCCAUCCCAAUAAUCACAGCUCAACCUUACCAAACCAGUCCACUAUUCUUCAUGCCACCAUAGUUGAUGAUGGCUGCAGUAAACUCCAUGAACACCCAGAUUUUGAAACCAAGUGUUUGUAUGUCAAAACCCAAAUAGGUUGCAGACCUGAUGGUUACUUAAACUAUCUCCAAAUCUUUUAUUGCAACUUUGGCCAGUUCCCAAUAAUAGCCCAUGUUGCAAUUCUACUUUGGCUUCUUGUUUUGUUCUACCUCUUGGGGAAUACAGCUGCCAAUUACUUCUGCUCCUCCUUAGAGAGCUUGUCCAAAAUCUUGAAGCUCUCUCCCACCAUUGCCGGAGUGACCCUCCUUUCGCUCGGAAAUGGCGCCCCGGAUGUCUUUUCGAGCAUCGUUUCUUUCACGGGAUCAGGUGAUGGUGAUGUCGGCCUAAACAGUGUGUUGGGGGGAGCCUUCUUUGUGUCUACUAUUGUGGUAGGUCUUAUUAGCAUACUAAUUAGCCAUCAACAAGUGUCAGUUGACGAGUCCAGCUUCAUAAGAGAUGUCAUCUUUUUCUUAUUCUCCCUCUCCUCUCUUCUUGUGAUCAUAGCGAUCGGAAAAAUCAAUUUGUGGGGUUCCAUUGCUUUUGUUGCUAUUUACUUUAUCUAUGUCGGUUCAGUCUCAGCCACACACAUAUACAACGUAAGGAAAUUAGAGAGAGAAAGAGACCAAUUAUUGGUUCUCGGAGACACUAGCACUAGUCCCUUAUUGGGGCAUGUCGACGAAGAAAAAGUAGUUGUUUCUGUUCAAGAUUAUGAUGAUAAAGAUGGUGUCGACGAUCAAGAACAGAAACAAUAUUCGUCUUUUGGUUAUUUGGGGUAUCUGUUGGAGCUGCCUCUGUCGUUGCCUAGAAGAUUGACCAUACCGGUUGUGAGCGAGGAAAAUUGGUCCAAGCCAUUUGCAGUUAUUUCUGUGACCUUGGCACCGAUGUCACUUGCUGCCCUUUUCAACACACAUGCUGAAAAUGUGGGUUCCAGAACUAAAUUAGUGGCUUACAUAACAGCAGCUAUUACUGGUUUGGUUUUUGGUAAUCUUGCUUAUUUGAGCACGAAAAAGUCAGGCCCACCAAACAAUAACAAGUACUUGUUCCCAUGGCUUGUGGGAGGGUUUGUGAUGAGUGUGGCCUGGACUUACCUCACUGCUGAAGAACUGGUGUGUUUGUUAGAGUCGUAUGGGAAUAUAUUGGGGAUUAGUCCUUCCAUUCUGGGACUUACUAUUCUGGCUUGGGGUAACUCUCUCGGAGAUUUGAUAGCUAAUGUGGCCAUGGCGGUUAACGGUGGGGCAGACGGAGCCCAGAUUGCCAUUACGGGCUGCUACGCGGGGCCGAUGUUCAACACACUGGUGGGAUUGGGGUUCUCACUGGUUUUGUCAGCUUGGAAGGAGUAUCCAUCCUCAUACGUCAUUGUUAUCGACCGUUCUCUGUACGAGACGGUGGCGUUUCUGAUGGCGGGGUUGCUCUGGGCGCUUGUCAUGUUGCCAAACAAGAAUAUGAAGCUGGAUCGUUAUAUGGGGAGUGGCCUAAUCGCAAUCUACUUGUGUUUUCUGUCUCUGAAGCUAGCCAUGCUGCUGCUCUGAUCGUGUAAAUUAAUAAUAUAUAUAAGUGCAGCACUACAAAACAUACGUAUCUCCAAGUGGUUACUUUUGAAUUCUGUCAUGGAGGGAGUGUGGAACAAACAUCUAAUGAAUCAUAUUGAAGCGCUCCAUCUUGCUCUA